AUGGAUGGUAAAGAUUUAUGUAAAACUCCGUAUCCUAAUUCUGGUAGCCACGUCGAUAUGUUCAACUUAAAACAACCGCGAUAUCAACCUGGUCAUACCAACAUAGCCAUCAAUCGCGGCGAGAGCAAUAAUGUAGCCAACAUAAGUAACUCAUCCUUUGCAGCAGAUAACACUUCCAAUUCAUCAGUUGGUUAUCGACAGGGUACUUUUGUUAGAAAUAAAGGAGUCGCAUCUGCCUAUGAACGAUUGGGAAAUUCAGCUAUGGCUAAUAUGCAGGCACAGCAGCAGCAUCAUCAGCCACAAAUUAAUCCUAGCAAUAAUAGAAAUGCGAAUACAAAUGCUAACUUAAAUGCUUUGGUAAGACAUCAAGCACCUAAUCAGUAUGGAAGUAACGAAAAUUUACAAAUGGCAUCGCAUGGCAAGACGACACCGUUACCUUACCGAGUUCCCGUUCAACAACAACAGCACCAGCAACAAUCACAAGCGCAAUUAAUUAAUAUGCAACAAGGUCAGCGAGCAUACUUGCAACGACACCAUCAAUCGCAUGAUCCAUCUAGUCAACAGUUACAACUUGAUGCCGCGUCUCGGACAAUAGAUCCUCGUAGCCAGCUGCAGUAUCAAAAUUAUUCUUAUCAGUCAAACUAUAAUCGAAAUAUUCCAUCGUAUCAUUCGUCUCAUCAACAAUUGCAACAAAGACGUAAGACAAAUGAUACGACUUUAGCUGGAAAUGACGGUAAUAAUGCUAGUAGUGGUACUGGUGGUAGUUAUAUGGAUAAUUCUGGUGGUAUUCACACUGGACAAUAUCGAAACAGGCAAAUUGCUUCUGAAACCUCUGUCAAUGUUAAUCCUCAGUAUCAUCAGAUAGAAUCAAAUCAGCCAGGAAAAGCACAGCAGCAACAGCAACAAUCUGCAAUGCCUAGCCAACAUGUAGCGAGUCCAAUCUUAUCACCUAACUAUGGUAGAAACGAUGGUAUUAGUAAUAUACCCACGAAAUCGAAUCCAAUUCAACAACAAUCGUUACAAACUUAUGCUAUACAAGCACAACAGUUGAAGUUACAAACGCAACAGAUAGAUAACAGGUCUAUCUUGCAGAGAUCGUUGGCACAGUCAGGACCUAAGCAAACCAGCCAACAAUCAUAUUUUCGUCCUAAUUAUCAGAAUACUCACAUUUCACAAUCACAGAGACAACAGGUGAUACAAGUUCCUAUCACUCGACAUUCUACUGGAACUGCGCAAGUGUUACAGCAUAAGGCUUCAUCUGGACUCGGAACCGGAAAUAGUAUGAUCCAGCCUUCUAUGACAUCAGUUCUAGAGGGCCAGUCGAGACCAACUAGACACUCACCUGUAAACUCUAUGGCAAAUUCGAACAAUCAAGCUACGGUAUUCAAACAACGUACACCAGCACUGUUAAACCAAUCUUCUGGACCGUCACCUUCUCUAAAACGUAAUUAA